AUGCUGGGUCACUUGGUAAUACACGGCGCCUCCUUGGUCCUGGCACUGCCAUUUGCUAGAGCACUGGACCUCUAUGUUGCCCCGGGCGGUUCAGACUCUAGCGACGGCUCAGUUGGGAGUCCAUUUCAAAGCCUGGCUCAAGCCCAGACAGCGCUAAGGAACGCAACAUCGCGGGCAGCCGAUGAAGACAACAUCGUCCACGUGGCUGACGGUUUCUAUACGCUCGACGAGCCUCUCAACCUCACCAGUGCAGACUCCGGCACCAACACAUCUCCGGUCACUUGGCGAGCCGAAGGUACCAAUGUAGUCAUCUCGGGUGGUUUGAAAGUGUCAAAUUGGCAGCUCAACGAGACUUCCGGCAUCUACAGUGCACGGAUACCACCAGGCACCGAGUCACGCAAUCUGUAUAUCAACGGCCAGGCGGCGAAUUAUGCCAGGAGUACGCUUCAACGCAAAGAUUUCGACUUCGACAAUGAGACUCUUUCAUGGAACUCGUCAGACUAUGACUGGGUCAUGAACACUCCUGGUCUUGAGAACGCCGAGAUCCGAGGCAUCAACUCCUUCACAGAUCGCUACGCACCGAUCGAGUCUGUGGGAGACAAGAAGUUGAUCAUGAAGCAACAUGCCUGGAGAAGUACUGUCAUGGGAUACGAUACCCUUAACAACCCAAAUGCCGAUUUUGGAUUCUAUAUCCAGAAUGCACUGGCGUUGCUGGACGAAGGUGGGGAAUUCUUUCUGGAUUCCGACCAGGGCGUUGUGUUCUACAUGCCAUUAGAGGGCGAAGACAUGAGCUCGGCCGAAGCUUACCUGGGCAUUUUGGAAGGCCUCGUCUAUGUACAAGGCACUCUUGACGAGCCCAUCCACGACAUCAUUUUCGAAGGCUUUAACUUUGCCCACACUACAUGGUUACUGCCGGGUCAAGGUUAUGGGUACGUCGAUCAGCAAACUGGAGCAUACAUCUGUCAGAACCAGACGUACCCCCAAUUCGAGGCCGCUAGACCAUGGUGGUGCCAAAUGCCCAGCGCCGUCAGGAUCGCUAUGGCUUCCAACAUUGUUUUCCAAGGUGGUAGCUACUCACAGCUGGGCUCUGGCGGCGUGGGGAUCGGCAAUGAUGCGACAGCUUACGAUCACGGCCCCGGUCUCGGCGCUCAAAAUGUGACGAUUCAAGGGGCUUAUUUCAACCAAGUCAUGGGUAACUCCAUCACAGCGGGUGGGGUGCGGGCUGAGGCCCAUCAUCCUAACAGUACUCGCAGCAUCAACUCUGGUAUUCACCUCACAGACAAUGUGUUCUACAACGUGUCUUCUCUGUUCAGCUCGACAGUCCCAAUCCUGAUCACCUACGCACAGGACUCAACGGUCAUGCAUAAUGAGAUCUGCAGCGUUCCUUAUACAGGCAUCGCUCACGGUUAUGGAUGGGGAGCCAACGAUGUCAACGGUACAGAGGAGUACCUAGAACGGGGCCUGUACGACUAUCAACCUCUAUAUCAAACUCCAACCACGUCUCAGAACCAUCUGAUCUCAGCCAACCUGAUUCAUGACUAUGGCCGUUCCCACACGGACCUAGGUGCUGUAUAUACGCUAGCCAAGAGCCCAAAUACCGUCAUCAGUAAUAAUUUCGCCACAGAUGGCGAUUGGUUCGGCUUGUAUACCGACGAAGGCUCCAACUCCUACACCGCUGAGGGUAAUGUCUGGAUGGUCAGAGGCAACUACUACGCCCCGAAUCAAGGACCUCGUGCGCACACGGCGAACAAUACAUUGAUUGACAACUUCGGUAUAUUCGGUGCCGACCACUAUAGCCAGCCCAAUCAUACCGGGAUCUUCAACAAUACCUUCCUCAAGAACUACAUUGUGACAUCGCUGGACGACACCUCGGUCGAUGCCAAGCGUACAGCAUACAGAGCGGGAGUGUCGCCAGGCUCUCGUGCUUUUCGGACCGUCCACAACCCAGACGUGCCCAACGCUCAUCUCGACCUUACUUUCAACAGCACAGACUCUGGCACUCUUCUCAUCCUCAACAUCUCCAAUUUUGACGACGUCGAGCUGAGUGCCCUCAACCUGCAAGCCACUGGCGGAAACCUCGAGCCUCGAGACAUUCCCACCACCAUAUCCGCCAACUCCUUCGGCCUUGCGACCUGGACCCUUGCUCCACCUACCGACUGCUCCAUCUCCCGCAUCACCAUAACAGCAACCUACAGCACCAGCAACCCCUCCCCAUCCACCCUCAACAUCACGGGCACUGCUCCCGGCCUCCCCCUCUCAGCCACCCACCCUCUCAACAGCAGCUCCAAAUCUCCCACUAACGCCACCUACGGCACCCCCUGCCCCAGCGACAACACCACGUACGCGAUCCGCUCCGGCGGCCGCGGCCUGCACCCACCCUUCGACGACAUGUCCACCCUCUACCUCCCCUCGGCCAUCGGCUCCGCCGCCAACAUCUCCGCGCAAGUCCUGCACAUCGACGCCAUCACCCCGGCCUCGUACGCCGGCCUCGUCCUGCGCAACCAGCUGCAGCUCGACAGCAACAGCACCAACAACUUCACGGGCUACGCCGCCGUCAUCGUCACUGCGGCCGGCGAUCUCAGUUUCGCGUAUGAUAGCGGCUACUACCGCGAAUUGCGCACGUGGGAGACGGUGGCGGGCGUGCAGUUGCCGGUGUGGCUGCGGUUGGGCGUGCAGGGUGUCACGAUCAGUGGGUUCUACAGUCAGGAUGGCGGGGCGAGCUGGGUGAGGAUUGGGGAGAGGGGGUUUGUGAUGCAGAGCCAUUGGGCGUUCAGUGACGCGGGCAUGGUGGCGGGGAGUGCGGGGGGGUGGAGGCAGGGGACGGCGGUGUUGGGUGGGUUCGAGGUGGCGGGGAGUGGGAGGAAUGCGUUGACGAGGCAGGGCGGCGGGCUGGAGGCGAGGAAGAGGGAGUUGUAG